AUGUCCUCCUGGUCGUUCCACGUACAGCCCCCCAGCCCUUUAAUCGACUAUCAUGGGCCAUGGCACUUAAAGCGGGAUAACAAUACUGGCCAACCGAACAAUGAAUUCGUGUCCUCCUGUCAUGGCGCAAAUUGUACAGCAACACUCAACGUACAAAAUCCCUACGAGGUUGUCUCAGCCGGUGUUUGUAUAAGAAGACCCCCACCAUUAGACAUCCACUUCCAUCCAGUAUUUACUGAAAAUGACACUAUGCAGGACACCCGAUGUGAUCAAAAGGAGGGCGUCUUUUACAGUUGGAACUCCACUUCCAACUUUACCGUGUACACGGGUUCCUCUUCCUUGGUACUUCUACACUUCAAUCUUACGAUGAGGGCCAAGUCCUCGCAGUCGGCCUGUAUUCCAGUGAAGUCGGCAUUUCACCACCCUUAUCAGGAUAUACUCUAUCGCAACGGUUCACAGCCAUCGAUAUUGAACUUCACGGGCGACCGGAUUGCGCUACUUGGGAAUAGUAACCGUCAGCAAGAUAACAGACCUAUCAACUUCACCGUCGCGAUCGAUGGUCGGAGCAGCAAUCUCAGUGCAGAGAUGUCAGCGCACCUGAAUGCAUCUCAUUCCGCCAACAGUCAAGUACUGUUCUUUGCCACGGGCCUCGCUGGAGAUAACCACACCUUGAGAUUCACUGUUCAUAACGAUUCAGACUUGAAUCCGCUCGAGUAUCUCAUCGUUGAUGGAAGCAACAAAUCUCCGAGUCAAGAUUCUGCCCUCUCAGUAAUUACCAGCACGACUACUCGAGAUAGCACCAGCAUAACGACCACAACUCCCACAUCCACAUCAAUCGCACCCAUUGCCACCUCAAAUGGCAAAUCCGUGCCUGUAGCCGUCCUCAUUGCUGUGCCCAGCGUCCUUGUUCUGAUGUUACUAGUCGUAUCUGGAUACGUCCUUUACCUUCGCCGUCACACAAAACGGCGCCAGCAGCUGGACUCGGAUCCGCCUCCGACUCAGCCUGAUAUGGAUGACUGGCCAACCACGGGCCCAACUGCGCGGUCGGAAACCAUUGACAACAUGCCAUCGGAGUUAACCACACGAUCACGUUUCUACGAGCCGCUUCAUUGGAUGCAGUCGACGCCGAUGCGCUCUUCGACAGUCCAAUCGUUGACAAAUACAUACGGGUUUCCCAAGACAGAGACCGCGGAGUCGCGCUCACAGUAUUCUGAGUCCAGUCUUCGUACUAGUGCUGAAACAGUAUAUGCACUUUGA